GAGUAUCUGUAUAUCGAACCAGAAUAAACUCGACAAGGACGGGGGGAGAUUGAUUGCUCUUUUUAGGCACAGUAAAAGCCCACGACGCGUCUCUGUGGAGAGGCGGGAGAAUGCUCGAUUGGCUAUUGUCGCGAUGCAGAGCGUAUUCGGGAGAAAGGGUCCGGUAUCCGGCUGCUGUUAGUCUGUCAAUCUUGCAGUACACACACACACAUGUUGGAUACAAAAGCGUUUGGUCUUGCUUCUCGAAGGGGGCCACUCGGCCUGGCUUCUGGUGUUUGUUGGCUAGUCGAGACAAUGCCUGUUAUGAAAUCAAGCCACGCUUGAUUGAACCUGGUACUGGUUGCUAUUGGAGUGUUGACUCGGAUGGGUUCAAUCAGGUCAACUUUGACAUCUUGAGUCGUGACGUGAUUUCGGGUAUAAUGGUCAUGGACAGUAUGUAUGACUAGGUCAAGAUGAAAGAGCGUUAUUACCACGAUUUGCAUAAAAU